UCACUUUAGUUUCGUGAGAUCGAACCCACAUCCACACACGUGCUUAGAAAUGUGAGCAGGGGGUCAGGUUUCACCUUCAACUUCGGUUGCUCAUGUUCUGGAAGGGGCCGUCCGCACUCGCUUGGGAUUUUGGGGUGUCCAUGUUUAGCUUGUGAACUAUCGACUUUCUCCUCUUGGUUCAGAUACAAUAGGCUACAGUGAAACAGUAACAAUUUAACUUUUCGGGAGUCUGUUCGUUCCAUAGACCUAAAAUGCUCGUUCCGUGAACCAUUCAUGAAGGUUUGUUUGACAUGGCCAGGAAACAUUUUACCCCUGAGGAAGCGCGGAGUGUAGUAGAGCGCCUCAAGGAACCUGCUGUGUUCCACAAUAUGACCACAGACUGGCCAGCGUUGCAUUGGACAGCACAGCAUCUUUCUCAGUGUAUGGGGAGAGAGUCAGUGGUGUUUCGUGUCGGAAAGAGGAAGACACACAAAACACCCCUUUUUGAAACCCAGUGUGAAUAUGUGGAGGCAACCCUUGGAGAGUUCCUGUCCUGGUCUGCUGGAGAGAGUGGCCCUUCAAUUGGGUCAUUCUCUGAGUAUCCCCUCUCUGACUUCUGGGCCUAUGCGGACUACAAGUAUAUUGCCAAGCUUUUCCACCACAAAGAAGCCAUGUUUGAGGAGGUGGUGUGGUCUGAUUUCGGGUACCCGGGUCGCAAUGGCGCGGCCAGCACGCUAUGGGUCGGCGCAGAGGGAGCCAACACGCCCUGCCACCUAGACACGUACGGGUUUAAUCUGGUGCUCCAAGUGCAGGGCAGGAAACGCUGGCACCUCUUUCCCCCCGAAGACAGCAGCUUCAUGUACCCUACACGCAUUCCCUACGAGGAGUCCAGCAUCUUCAGCCAGGUCAACGUGCCGCAGCCUGACCUGGACAGGUUCCCUGCCUUCAGAAGGGCCAGAGCCCACGUGGUCACUCUGGAGCCCGGACAGGUGUUGCUGGUUCCCCGUCACUGGUGGCACUUCGUGGAGUCCGUGGACUCCGUCACCGUCAGCAUCAACUCCUGGAUUGAGCUGGAGGAGGACGACGAGGCGCGAGUGGGGGAGGCUCUCACCAAGACGCUGGUGUGCGCGCUCAAGACUACCCCCAGCCACGGCAACAAUGACGACUGGCUCAACCCCACCGAGGAUGGCGUGGCGUCUUAUGAUGAGAACAUGCAGUACCUGAGCCUCGCUGUGCAGGCUUGCGUGGACAAGAGUCGGACCAGAGACUCCGAUCCAAGCCAAGAUGGCCGCCGGUCCUUAAAGCGUGACUCCAGUGGCGUGAACAAGGCAAAUUCUAACCAGAAAGAAGAAAAGGACAACCCUUGUUUUUCUCCCCCAUUCGGACCUCAUCUAGUCCCAGUGCCCUUUGCAGGGCCAAGCCAUGUAAUGAAGGACGUAUGUCCCAAGGACAACAGUUUGUCCAGAGACCGUAAUCCUCCUCGUGCCCUCGUCUUGGACUCCCAGUCCAGAACGGCUGGAUCGGCGAGAGACCCUACAGACAGAGACCUCCACAGGGGGCAGGAGGCGUCUGCGUUGUCUGAACAGCCCCAGGAACAGGGCCUCCCUCGGGCUUCUCUCUCCACAAGUGACCUGCUGGAGUGCCUGGUGCACCCGGACGUCAUGGCGCUGGUGAGCCAGCUGCUGCUGGACAGGCAGCGAGAACUCACCGGCAGCGUGACCGCUAAACCGUCCCAAGGGGUCAUUUGAUAAGGGAACUACAUGUUUUUCACAGGGUUGACAGUAUGCAUAGCACUGUCCUUGAAGUUCUCUAGAUGACUUCAUCUGCUCUAUGUUAGCAUGCAUAGCACUAUCCUUGAAGUUCUCUAGAUCAUCUGCUCUAUGAUCUUUUGUAUCUUCAGCAAAACAUCAAGGAAUGUUACUGCUUCUUUAUGUUAUGAUUUCAGAAUGACCAUUAAAAUAAGUUCCAGUCGACCAUUUCUACUACCAAAGCAAAAUGGAGGGCAAUUAGAACUUAACCAGAGAAUUUCUAAAGAAUCCCAGUUAUUUAUAUAGUUAUAUAUUAUAUAAAGAUGUGGCAAAAAGAAAACAUUACAUUUUAGAAUUUGAAUUGCUCUCUUGAAAUCAACAUUUUUUAAUUGGAGCUCUGACUGAGCUCUCAGAUCCGGGCCUUCUCUAAAUAAUCCCUUGGAUGAUGAUUCCGCAUUUCACAAUCAAAGCGAGCUUUUCAAAAAUAUCCAAGAAGUGUCUUUCAUUAACAGCUCUACUGUGUAUUCCAACAUUAUCCCUCACUGGCAGCAAGUCUUGCAACAGAAAUGGACAUACUGCCCCCUAGUGGCAGUGACACAAACAUGUCUUCAAAACAACACUUGGCGGCCUUCAGUAUGCAAGUUCAUGUACGAAUAGUGUCCCAUAGUCAUGUAAAGAAAAUUCAGUGAGCUAUAGUGUGUGCAUGUCUGCAGGUAAAGCACAUUCAUCCAUAUUUGGCAGCAUGAACGAGGUGACAUUUUAUAUAUUUCAAAUUGAAUGACUGCAGGAUGUUUACAAAAACAGGUCUCACUAUAAAUAAAACAUCAACAUCAAUCAACAAGUAGCCUGUUACUGUAUCAAAGAGCAAACAACACACACCACUAUGCCAAGUAGUCUGUUGUUACUGUAUCAAAGAUCAGACAACACAUGUAUGCAAAGUUCUUUAAUCCUCAUAUUAUUUACAUCAUUAAAACAUGAACAUGUGUCCCUUCUCUGAUAUAGUAUAGAGUGUCAGUAUUGGCCAUAUGUGGCUGUGUCUACAGAGGUCCUGAGAUUUGAAAUGUAGUAGGUAUGUGUGUAUAGUGUGCAAGACUUUUGUCAUUUACAUUUAUUUGCUACAUUAAACCUACUGUCCUCACAGAAACU